UGUUCAAAAUUUUAGUACGAUUCUCAGUUUUAAAAAAAAGUAUCAGCAUUUUGCUUUCUUAAACGCCAAUACGGGCCACUUUCUCACCUUUUUCUGCUACCUCAUCCCUCAACCGACUUGAAGAGUAACCCAGUUUCCAUGACAACGUCUGUAAUCCGGUCUGCCUACCCUUCUCCCCAGUGCCAACUUAAGGUGGAAUGAAGUAUAGUAUAUAAACUGACAUCUAUUUUUUUACUCUGAAAAUCUUCACGGUUUUUCGCUUUGAGUCACAAUCACCUCUGAUUAUUAAUUAUGUUCAGCUGUACCUUUUUUCUCUUAAAUUUUUUCAGCAAUUUUAACUAGUACAGUUAGCCCAAUACAGCUGAGCCCAAGAGCACCGUGAUUGCAUUAAUAUAUAAUCUGUACAGAGAACAGGGUUUCCGCUAACAGGGUUUUUGCUAAAGGAUUUUACUAAAUUCCAUUUAAAAAAAGCUUCCGCGAAAAACCAUGACGCUAACAUCCAUGAAAAAAACUUGAUCAAACAAGAAGGAGAAAAAAUCUAAAUAUCUUUCCCAGGAAGAACCAUGACGCUAGCGCUCACGAAAAAAACGUGAUCAAACGAGAUGAAGCAUAGCGAUCAACAAAAAUGGCUAGAAUAUAUGAGUUUCACCGAGAAGAAAAGAAAAAUAAACUAACCACAAGACUAAAAACAAGUUUUCCCUCCCCCUCAACCUUCUGCUGCAAGUAGGAAUGCGACACAAAGAGAGAUCUUUUCUGAGAAAUCGGGACUUCAUUUUUCUACGCUUUUUAUUGGUUGAAGCAGACGUGUCUCCCGCUUUCAAACACUGAUUUCGUCAUCACGGUUUCUCGGCGGCCUGAUUACAUACUUUUCUCGCAUCUUGCACGUUUUACGUUCGUUAGAAAAGAAUUAAAAGUUGCCUAUUUUAUUUUGCGUGUUUUUAUUUGUUUUCAUCUAUGCACACAUGGAAAAAAUUUUGAUAAACAAAAGAAGAAACGAGGAUUCGCCGCAAACUAAGGAUGAAAAUAAGGGGGGAAAGUCUAAAACUUCGAUUCCUUCAAGAAAUCUCGUUAAGUGGUGCUCCCUAUACAAAUGUCUGGAAGUUGAGUGGAUUAACAAUUUGCCAUCUUUCAAGUGCAAUUUGUGUGUUUCUGCUAAGAAGUUCAAUAUUUUAUCCAGCUCAACAGGAUGCUUGAUUUCUAAAGUAGAUGUAUUGAAAAAGCAUGAACUGAGCAUUGACCAUAAACAUGCUGUAGAAUCUAUUUUGAAUGCUCCCCUGCAAAUACCAGGCGAUUGAAGAAUGUUCAAGAUAUCCUUGAACAAAAAUCAAGGAAAUUCAUAAAGUUAUCAACAACUCGGUGGUUGUCUUUGGGGAAUUCAGUUACAGCUCUGGAUUGCAACUGGCAAGCUCUUGUUAGUGUUUUAAUGGAAGACAAACGUCCUGUUGCUCAAGGGUUGUUAAAAAAUAUAACUACUUUUUUGUUUUUAGCAACCACUGCCAUCAUGAAUGAUAUCAUGUUCAACAUUAAUAAAUUAAGCCUCAUAUUUCAAAAAUCUAAUUUAAAUUUUGAAUAUGUUCAAUCAAGUGUGAAGGCUUGUAUUUCAAGUUUAGAAGAAAUAAAAAAUGGCACCGGCACUCAUUAUAUGAGUUUUUUAGAUGAUGUGCCUAAGAAGGAAAGUGAAAAAUUUGAGUUUCAGGGCCAUAUAAUUUUAGAUGGACUGAAACAGAGGGAAAGAUUCCGUAAUUUGAUGCACAAUUUUUUAAACUGUAUCAUUGAAAAUAUUACUGAUAGAUUGGGAGAUUUGGAUAAAAUCGAAAUGUUCAAUAUAUUUAUACCUAGCAGGAUGCCCCAUAGUUCGGAAGAAUUACAGCAUUAUGGUGUAAAGGAAAUCCGUUGCAUUUUCAAUUUGUUUUCGGAAUCUCCCAGAAAAGAUUUUCAGUUUACAGAAACUGAAUUACUUUGUGAAUGGGGAUUAUUUAAACACAUCUUAAUGCAACGAUGUAAAAACAUGUCAUUUAAUGAAUUACUUUUAUUUUUAUAUACCAAUGAUGUGUCUGAACAGUACCCAUUAAUAACUUCUGUUAUAGAGUAUUGUGCAACAAUACCAAUGCACACUGUUGACUGUGAAAGGGGCUUUAGCUGCCUUAAUUUGAUUAAAACUAAUAUUCGAAACAGGUUGUUAAUCAACCAUGUAAACAAUUUGUUAAUGAUUAAUAUUGAGGGCCCUGAAAGUGCAUUUAACUUUCAAGAAGCAUUUGUAAAAUGGGCAAACAUGAAAGAAAGGAAGAUUGUUAAUUAUAAACCAAAAUGUUUUGAUAAAUAAUAAAUGUGUUUUUUUUUUUU